GAAAAGUGCAAGUGGUUGCGGACCCAACCGUGCGUGGGCCAUGGGACGGACCGAAGCACCAAGAGAGGCGCGCUGGAGCGUACUGCGGCUCAUGCCGACGCUGUACGAGAGCAUCGCGCUGGGCGGCCGCAACGGCGUCUCGAUCCGCGAGCUCUUUGACAUGUACGAACCGACGAAGGAUCCGGCUGUCCGCGACGCGUGCUGGUCCAUCUUGCGCCAAGGCGCGUACGAGCAGCAGCCGAUCCGGUUCUAUCGCAUCGAGCCUGCAUCUAGAGUGCCGAUCAAGCACGAGGUCGUGGUACCCAGCUUGAAGCGCAAGGUGCCUCCAAAGCCAAAGGCCAAGCCCGCCAAGAAGCGACGCAAGACGAGCGACAGCGACGACAGCGCAUCCGAGUACAGCGGCGGCGCGUCCGACAUUGAAGUGGCGUCCGUGCCAUUCAAGGCGCCGCCGAACCGUAGGGUGCCGCCGCCGCCGGUGCGACAGCCCAUGCCGUACGAGACGCAGCCCGACGUUGACGUCAGAGGGCUUGCCUUCAUUGACGCCUACGUCGACGUGUCGCUCGUUGCGAUUGCGAACGAAGAUUUGCGCUUGAAGGUGCUCGGUAUCUCGUACGCCGAGUCGGAUUUCAACCCCGUGUACAUUGACAUCCUCGAGCGCGUCGCGCACACACGCGAGAAGGGCUUGGCGAUCACCGACUUGGCCGGCAGCCUCGCGCAGAGCGACGUCAAGCGCGCCCACCAUCUCAUCGACGGCCUCAUUGCGCGCAAGCUCGUGGUCAAGCGCAUCAUCCUACUCGAGAGCAAGCGCUUCAACAUGAUCCAUCUGACGCGGUACGCAGCGCUCUUUCGACCGAGCAUGGUAGCGCCAGGCGCGACGUUCGAAGACGAGCUCUACAACAAGGGCUCGAUGGUCACGCGCAUGCUACAGUCGCUCCGCGCGCACAAGGAGUCGACGGCCGUCUUUGCCGACAUCGCCAAGCGCUUCAACUGGAGCAAACGGCUCCAAGAGACGAUCCGCAACUACAUUGUGCAAGAGAUGCUGCGCGACGCGACGUACCCGGUCCAAGUCUUCAUGGCCACGUGCCGGUCCGGCCAGCGCUCGUCGGGGCGCAAGCUGUGGUGCGUCAAGGUGUACGAGCCGCCAGUGGGCGCGCUCACCGACGUGCCUGCGUUCCGCCUCUCGCACCCGCCGCGCUGCGAGCUCGGGCCGCUCGAGCACAUUUACUCGCUCAUCGCUGCGACGCCCGAAGGCCUCACGAUUCCCCAAGUUCGAGAUCGGUGCGGAAUGUCCGACAAGGUGUGCUAUAAGAAGGUCCAGUCGCUCCUGCUCAGCUACAGCUUGGAGACCGAGAAGCUCCUCGUUGGGCGAAGCACGUCGUAUCGCUUCCGCGUGCCGUCGACGCACGUCGAGAGGAAGCCAUCGGCAUUGAUGGCGGCACCGACCACUGCUGCGAAGACGCCGCCCGUCGAUAUGAAUCGCCCGAGUCUCCGGUCGGUGCUCGCGAGCUCGGGCAAGCAGCCCGUGGCCAACGUCAUUGAUGUCCGGACCGAGUUUGCACUUGCGGUUGUCACAGAGAAGCAAAUCGUGUCGCUGGCGACGUUCCGACGUAUGCUCGUCUUGCGCGAACACGACAAUGUGACCACCAAGACGUCCAAGGGCUUUGUCGACCACCGGACGAUCACCAAGAUCUUCCAGGGGCUCGUCAAGAAGAAGGCGGUUGUCUUCCUCGACGUGCUCGUGCCGUCAAGCGACCCGCGCCACCGCCGCAAAGUGCGCUGUGUGGCUCUCACAAGCGCCGUCGCAGCGCCCGGCCAGCCCGCGAUCCGCCAUUUCAUCGAGACGUUUGCGCACGAAGACGUCUCGGACCUCGGCAUGCUGCACAACGACGACUCGAUGCGCAUCGUCGUCCGGGACCCGCUCGCCGCCCACAAGACGCCGAUGACCAAGACCAUUGUGUACAACAAGAGCGCGCACCUCUCGACCCAGCGGCUGACGGUCGUCUUGGGCCAGCAGAACCGCCGGCUCGGCAUGGCGUUUGGGCUGGCGUGCCGCACCAAGCUGCUCCACGUCGCGAUCUGCGAGAUCCUCAUGUCGCUCGGGCUCUGGGACACAACGACGCCGUCGCCGAUCACGUUUUCGCUGUUGCAAGUCAUGUCGCGGAUUCCGCUCUCGGACUUUGUGCACAUCUUUGGCUCGUGCGAGCGCAUGACGACCGCCGAAGAGACGGAGCUCACGCGCGUGCUGCGGUCGGACGCGCCGUCGUGGCACGACCUCUCCGAGUCGGUACUGAGCAAGAUCACAAAGAACAAGUGGCGCCGCAUUCGACGGCUCAUGGACCACUUGCGGGAUCUGCGAGUCGUCGUCCAAGAGGCGGUGACGGCCCGCGCAAGCGUCGUCCCCGCUGUCUUUGACGAUGUCGACGACAUGGUGCUGCAGGCCUCCGAAGACACGAUCACCGGCGGCCGGUUCGUAUUGCACCGCGCAAACAUGGACGUCCCGGUGGUCCACGAGGCCAAGAGACGCGACCGGGUCGUGCUCUUGGACGACACUAGCUUCCUCCGCCCCGUGACGUUUUUCAAGUUUAAACGGGUGGACGAGAACCAUGAGCUCCGCGUGCGCCAUACGUUCAACUCGGUUGCGGACGUCAACGCGUUCUGGGACAUUGUCGAGUGCAUCUCGAUCGAGCGCACGCGCUUCGAGCUCGUGGGCGAGAACGGCUUUGCGUCGCCCUGCUUUGUGUCGCCGGCCAUGUUUGUCAGUGCCAACGCGUCGUACGUGCGCCACGCGUGGAUCGACCGCGUCGCGCCCAAGAAGCUGCCGGUGAAGCGGCUGAAGCCGAUCGCGCCCCGCCAGCGCCGCGACGAGCGCUACUCGAACCACGUCGCGUCGUACGUCCCGAAGAACGUGCACCGCAAGCGGCCCGUCAAGGUCUCGGCCGAGCCGAUCCGCAUGAAGCUCAAGUACCCGCUCAUGGAAGCGACCGAGGAGAAGGCGCUUUUGCUCUACUUUGACGAGCUCCCGAGCACGUGGCAGAUCCCAGUCCCGGUCGAGCUCAGGCUGCCAAACGAACCCAAGGCCGUGUUCCGCAACCCGCGCCUCGGCCGCACCAAGAUCAACUACAAGGCCAUGUGCACCAAAGUGGGCCACGCGCGCCCGAUGGACCUCAAGCGCCGCCUCCAGUCGCUCAUGACGAACCCGGUCCACAAGAAGCGCAAGCGGGACAUGGAAGCCGAGAUGCUCUCGGCCAAGAACCCGUCCGGUCUCUUUUUGGAGGAAAUGACGGUGCACCAGUCGCCGCGCUUGUACGCGUGCUUUGUCCGCGCUGUCCAAAUGAUGCUCGAGCCCAACGAGGUCUAUAACGCCAAGGUCGCGGACGCGCUCUUUGCGCGCUGGAGCACAACCGAGCUCCAAAUGGUGUGGCGCUACCUCUGGUUCAGCCACAUGUUUGUCAAAGCAACGCAAAAGGACCUUGGACACCGCCGGGGCUUCUCGCUCGCGCCGAGCACGUUUGAUUUUCUGCGCCUGGCGCCAACGCUGCACCCGAUGCCCAUGUGUCUCGAGGCCGCGGACGCCGCCGCGUCAUUGAACGGCCUCGACGACGUGGAGGCGGACGUGCCGGCCAACACGGGCGCGGGCCACCUCGCGGUGCUGCUCUCGGGCGCCGUCACGGGCGCGAUUUCGCUCCUCCCGACCUUUGAAGCCGACGUGCAGGACGUCGAGCCGCCGCGCAAGAAGGGCCACGCCAAGUACUCGGACGGGUUUGUCGGGCACCUCGUGCGCUUUACGAAAGGCCAGUCGCCCGACCUCUUUGAUGACAAGUGGAGCGUCACGUCCAAGAGUCGGAGCGAGCACGACGUGUCGGACAUUGUCUAUGGCCUCGAAGACGAUGAGAUGGACAUGGUGGACGACGACGACAACAUGUUUGACGAGCUGGACGAGGCGUGGGAGUGCCACUGCGAUGUGAGCCAUGCCUCGUUGGACGCGUGCGCAACGCUCUUUGAGACCAAGUUGCUCCGGCUCCUCAUCGAGGCCGGCCCGCUCGGCGUCGCCAGCUCCAAGCUCUUCAAGCAGUAUCGACCGCGGUACUCGACGUCGCAGGUCGUGUCCCGGCUUGCAUCCCUCGUCGCUGCCACCAAGGUCCUCGAGGCCCACACGUUUGCCGAGCUGCGCUACGUGGCGGCGUCCGAAGCCGCGCUGUGGCAGCUGCGCCCGUACGCCGUCCACGACGGUGCCGUGCGCUUUGACGAGUCGCAGCUGCCGACGACGUCCCGGCCGUGGCUGCAGCUGGACGGCAGCGUCAACACGACAUGCCUGCUUGUGCUCAAGCGCGAGGCUGCGAUGCUCGCGUGGCGCUACCCGGGCUUGAGCGAAGCCGAGCUCCAGCGGCAGUUCCGGGGGCUCCUCGGGCUUCAAGACACGCGGUGCUUGGCGUUCAUGCUCCUCGACGACGGCGUGCUCUCUUGCCGCGCGACCAAGAUCCGGACGGCGUCGCUCUUCUCGAGCAACCUCCCGCCCGCGCCCGUCCGAGGCGAGUACCACAUGGACCGGUCCGAGUACGUUCUGCGCUUCUUCCCGACCGUCUCGCUGGUUGAGAACCUCGGGAGCACGAUGGACGACUUGUUCCACAACUAAUAUUGUGCAAUAUCAACACUUGCCUAGCUCAAUGCGUGGAUCUUCAAAUUCAA